UGGUACUCUUUCAUCUAAUUAUGAUUGUGCAGGUAUUCAUCAACUGUCAAGGCGGUGUGUCAGCAUGCACAGGGUUACCAGAAAACGAGACGCUUACACCGCCUUCUGUGGACAAAUUUAAGUGUUAUGACAAUGGUGACAACUGGAGCAUUUUCAUCAGCGUCAUAUUUAGAGACGACGCUACAGAUGGCUUUCUUGUCAAUAUUGUUUCAGCAACUGGAGUAGGUGAACCAUCAAAUUAUUGUCGUUUAUUCAACAGGCAACAGAUUACACAAACAUUGGAAGUUCCGUCUUUAUCACACAAGCUAUACUAUGUCAUUCAUGUCUAUGGCACAAGUGGAAACCGUUCUAAGAGCUACAAUAGAGUCUGGAAAAUAAUUGAUUUCAGUAGCUGUCCACCACCGUGCUCAGUGGAUGAUCCCUUGUUGUCAGGAGAUAUCGGUCAGCAUGUACAUAUGCAUAACAUUAUUUUUUUGUUGAUAAUAUAUGAAAGUACAUUUGUUUGCAAUACAGCUGUUGGCAAACCAAACUUGUACAUAUCAAAUGGCACAGUUCGUGCCAGAUUUUGUAUUCAUACAAGCAUUCAUAUCAACAUAAAUGAUGACCUUGCAAUAUCACACAGGAUAUUGUCUGUCCAAAAAUGCUGUCUUCCUUGCUUAGUACCAUUUAAGGAGAGACCAUUAUAUCCACCAGGAAGACAUUUGAUAGACUGGCCGGUUUCUGAUUGUCUUAGCGAUCAUAGUUGUGAUUGUGAAUUAAGGGAAGGGUCAAUCAUUGAGUUUGACGUUUGUAGACAUGAAAAUACCUGCCAUCGUACUAAUCUGACCAUUCCAGUCACCAGCAAUCCAAGUACAAGUAUGUCAAGUUGGAAGAUUGCAGUACCUGUUACAACAUUACUGUUUAUCAUCCAUAAUAUUGUAAUUGUCAUUGUGGUGAGAUCUCGAAGAUCAUGUCAGAUACACCGAGAACGAGAUCAUGUAGCAAACUUAUCAAACGAAUCAGCAGAGUCUACCCAAAUGAACCCUUGGACACUUGCAGUGCUGACACUGCUGAUGAAUUUGCUGUGUAACUAUUAUGUGUAAAGCAUGCACCAUACCCUUGCAGCUUGACUGUGUAGAAAAUAGUCUUCACUAAAGGUCACUUUUUCAAUUGCCAUAGCAAUCAUGUUAUGAUAUACUGCAUGUAUACAGUUUAAGUUAAUUAUUAAUGAAAAUAUUACAACAAUGUAACAAAUGUCUCUUUUGCAACAAAUUUGUAUUUGUGGUGUAUUUUAAUGUCUGUAUAUUACUGUAUAACCGGUUAUUUCUUAAAUUUCUGCAAUUUGAGAAUUUAA